CACACGUUAGUAGCCUCCGCUCGGUGUUUUUGCAAAGCUAUGUGUAUGGGUUUUUGUGUGAUUUUUAGUCACUUCCGUUCCUUCUGACAUUCAGAGACCCUAAAUUAAAACAAUGUCGGGCUGUGUCGCCGCCGUUGUUGUUUUGUGGACUGUUGUAGCUGCAGAGGGAAAAGCCGUCCCCUCCCUUCCAGAUUUUGGGACCAGCUAUCAUGUCAAAGGGAUGAUUUCGCUACCCUAUGCUGAGAUUAAGGAACCGUUUGAGGCGUGGUUUGAUCUGAAAGCAAAGUCCAGCAGAAUAGACUACUACCAUGGUCAGGUGUCAACAUAUCAGUUGGGGGCACAGCAGCAGUGGGGUGUCGCCUAUAAAAUCACUCCGGAGACGACGGAGGUGGAAGUAAAUGCGAUGAAGUGCUUCCAGGUCAAUGGGACAAGGAAUGAGAGCAUCACGCCACAGGCGUCGCUGCCAGAUUUGCAAGGCUUUCAGUUCCUCAGGAUAGAGUACUACGCCGGUUCCCUGUGUGAGGUUUGGCAGAAUGUGACCACUGUGGGUUACAAGAAGAACACGUACACACUGUGGGUGACCCAUUCAGAGGGAGACGCCGGUACAAAGGAUCCUGCCACACCUCUCCACUAUGAGAUGAUGGGAUACAACACACUGCUGGGGUCUCACUACGAUAAAUACUUGGUGGACUACACGGAGUUCAGCACCUCUGUGGACCCUAAAGCCUUUUCCCUGCCUGAAGGGAUGAGCUGCGGUGGAUUUCCUGGUCCUGGAGUAGAGCACCAUAUCUUGGCGAAUCCAAUGAAAGAUCUGAUCCACACCUCGGCCGCGGGCCACUCUCAGCGCAUGUUCGGUUAUUUCAAAGACAAGUUUCAGCGUCACUACGCUGAUGAAAGAGAGCAUGAGAAGAGGGAGCACGCUUUUGUCCAUAACCUUAGGUAUGUCCACUCAAAGAACAGAGCAGGGCUGCCGUUCUCCCUGGCUCUGAACUCCCUGUCGGACCGUACUAUGUCAGAGCUGGCCACCAUGAGAGGAAGGAGAAGAGGAAAGACUCCCAACGGAGGCCGUCCUUUCCCCGCCGAGAGUUUCGAAGGAGUGAAAGUGCCAGAGUCACUGGACUGGAGACUUUACGGUGCUGUGACACCAGUGAAGGAUCAAGCCAUAUGCGGUUCCUGCUGGAGUUUUGCCACCACUGGAGCAGUAGAGGGCGCACUUUUCCUAAAGACGGGCUCCCUGCAGGUUCUGUCUCAGCAGAUGCUGGUGGACUGCUCCUGGGGUUUUGGCAACAACGGCUGCGACGGAGGAGAGGAGUGGAGAGCGUACGAGUGGAUCAUGAAACACGGCGGCAUAGCCACGACUGAGACGUAUGGAGCGUACAUGGGAAUGAACGGCUUCUGCCAUCUGAACUCGUCCCAGCUCACGGCACGCGUACAAAGUUACACAAACGUCACGUCGGGGGAUGCCGAGGCCCUCAAGCUGGCCCUCUACAAGAACGGACCGGUGGCCGUUAGCAUAGACGCCUCACACAGAUCCUUCGUUUUCUACAGCCACGGCGUUUACUACGAACCCGCCUGUGGUAACACUACCGACGAUUUGGACCACGCUGUGCUCGCCGUGGGUUAUGGGACCCUGAAUGGGGAGCCGUACUGGUUGAUAAAGAACUCGUGGUCCACGUACUGGGGCAACAGUGGCUACGUUCUCAUGUCUAUGAAGGAUAACAACUGUGGCGUGGCCACUGACGCCACGUAUGUCACCCUGGCAUAGGUCAGCUGACGUGCGGCGUCAGGGUGGCUGAGAGAAAUAUUUUGUUUUGUACGUUGCUGGAACAGUGAGACAAUGCCUACGUGAUGGAAUUGUAAAUACAGAUAAAUAUCGGCUUGUGCAAACGUACAAGUCAAACUUUAGCUUUAUCACAGCGUGUGCAAAUAACAUGUAUGUUAGAGCGACGAUACGUAGACGGACGGUGGAAUGAUUGGAUACACAGUGCGCGUCUUGUGCCUAUGCGUUAAAUGACGUUGAUUUCGGUAGCACUAGCUAUCAUAGAUGACGCCAAAUUCGUGCCCGCCGUUCCGAAAACAUCCUAGCGGCGUGUUGUACAAAUUACACAUAUCACACUUCGAUCUUUUGAACUUGUUGACACCUGUAUUGCUGAAACGGCAGAAACGGCAACUUGGUUUCAUUUGCACAAAGUACAUUCUAGUGACAAAGUUCCAUUUGUUUUUUUUUCUUUCGUUGAAAUUUGCCAAAACUGUGACUGCACUAUGGAAAAAUUGCAAUAAAAAAUAUUAGCUAAUUAUACUUAUUAAAAAGUAUUAGCUUA